GCAUUGUUCACUCUCUUAUCAUACCCUCUUCUACCAGCGAUUCGCCUUCUACUCUAGCUCAUAUAUUCUUCGUUCCUAGACAUAGGACGCUCUGUUGAGAAGUGGUUCUGUCGACAUUCUCCUACAGCCCUGCAUUUCCUCAUUACAUCAUCUAGUCCAAAUGGAGCCUCCACCGAUGGACCCGGAGGUUGCGACCUCCAGAUCUCGUAUUGCUAUCCUGGGUGCUGGUAGUGUCGGCAGUGCCAUCGCCCUGUGCCUCAUCCUGAACCCGGUGGCCAGCGAAGUCUUGCUUGUCGACCCAAACACCGCACAACGAGAUGCCCAAGUCAAAGACCUCGAAGACGCCACGACUUACCACGGUGCAGUCGGUGGCGGAGGCGUUCGAAUCCGUGCAGGAACUCACAAGGAAGCUGGCCAGUGCGACAUUGUGGUCAUCAGUGCCGGUGCGAAACAGAGACAUGGUGAAACACGAACGGCUUUGCUGGGUCGUAACCUUGCCAUCUUGAAAUCCGCCACCAACGACAUGAAACCCUUCUCAAAGCACACGGUCAUUCUGCUCGUGGCCAAUCCAGUCGACAUCUUGACCUACUUCUGUCAGAAGUUUUCCGGUCUCCCGCAACAACAAGUCAUUGGAAGUGGCACCUUUCUCGACACCGCACGACUACGGGGUAUCCUCGCAGAAAAGGUUGGCGUCGAUGCUAGCAGUGUCGAUGCUUACGUGCUUGGAGAACACGGUGAGAGUCAGAUGGUGGCUUGGUCCUGUGUCACUGUCGGUGCCAUGCCGCUGGAUCGCUGCCUGCCUCCAGGAACCGACAUCGACCGCAAGGCAAUCGCGUUGGAAACAAAAGACAAGGCAGCCAAGAUCAUUGAAGCCAAAGGAGCGACCGCAUAUGGCAUCGGAGCACUGAGCGCGGCCAUUUGCAAGUCGAUAUUGUUCGAUCAGCGUAUUGUCAGACCUAUUUCUCAUUGGAUUGAGGACCUCGGGUGUUGUUUGAGUCUGCCGGUCAUCCUGGGCCGCAAGGGCAUUGUCCGUUCCCUCAGCAUGCCACUUAACAAGGAGGAGAGGGAUCUCUUGGUCAAGAGCGCCGACGCGUUGAAGGAGCUCAUCGCCGAGGCACAAGACUCUCAACAGUAGGACUGAGGUGGGUUGAGAUUGUAUUGGGGGUCUUUCUUGGUGUUUCGGAAGCGACAAACGGUGAAAUUGACUAAAGGAAAAGGUCGCGGAGCAGAACCACUAGUCCCAGACAAAUGUACUCCGUAACAUUCCCUUAUAACUCACUUCGUCCCGGGAUGACGCGUUCGGUUCCUACAACAAUGAGAAGUCAAAGGGCAGUCGAUCUCUUGAGCGGAAGUUCCGUGCUCGUACGAGUACAGUAGCUCUUCUGUUGAACGGAGAUGCUUCCGCACCACCUUGAUAAGUGCCAGUCGGAUAUUGAUAGCCAAUGACGAGCUCCUGAUCGUCGGUUGAUUGCCGACAUUGUCCUUCAACAUUGACUCAGC